CUUCUUAAAUUCCAUUUAAAUUCACCAUUUUCAUACCCAUUUUUGUCAUCCAAAACUCUCUCUCUGUCUUUUCUUUUGCUCAAUUGAAAAUCUAAACUAUGCAACAAGCAAUUCCCUACAAAUCAUGGCCACCCCUUCACCAAACGACGCCGCUUAGUCGUCUUCCUGCUGUGGUCAUGGAAAGUACUAGCAAUGUGAAUAGUAAUAGUAAAGGAGUUUUAACGUUUAGAAGAAGCGUCGUCGACGUUAACGCUUUAAACGGUUUGGUAACCGAUAACGCCGUUAUGGUCUUCGUGAGGCGAGGUUGCUGCAUGGGCCACGUCGUUAAGCACCUUCUGUUAGGACACGGCGUCAAUCCCGCCGUUUACGAGGUCGAUGAGGCCGAGGAAGUUGGCCUUGUUAAGGAGCUCGAAACCAUUGCUGCUGCUGCUGGUGAUUCCGGUGAAAUUUUACCGUCGGCUCAGUUUCCGGCCGUGUUCAUCGGCGGUAAGUUGUUUGGAGGACUGGAUCGGGUUAUGGCGGCUCAUAUAUCUGGAGAAUUAGUUCCUCUUUUGAAAGAAGCUGGUGCUUUGUGGCUUUAAUUAAUUAUUAAAUUCAGUUUUGUAAUUUUUUUUAUUAAUUUUUAUUUAUUUCAAUAAUAUAUGUGGAUAGGUUUUUAAUGUUUUCCCUGAUAAUUUGAAGUAGAGGAAUACAAUUCUUUUCUUUUUUUGUUUUUACAGAAUUUUUUGCACUCAAAAGAAAUAUUUAUGUGUUUUGUUGGACAAAAUUAAUCCACAUGUUCAUAUAGUACUUGGAA